UGGCGACGAGCGCCCAUGAACAUGAAAGAUGCCCGGAUGUCACGAUAAUCACAUGAUCAAAAUAACGUCCCCGAUAGAGAAUAAGGCGCUUUAUUUGAAGAGAAGAUUGAAGACUGUUCAGUAGAGACAUGGCGGGAGUUGAAGAUAUGGACGAAUUUGAUGCACCAUGUGACAUGACAGCUGCGUACUGUACUCAAAUUACGGAGGAAGACUAUGAAAAUCAAACAGUAUCAGAGACAGAGAAAGCUUUGGAGAAUCUUAUAGCAUUUAUGGAAAAAAAUCCAGGUGUCUACAAGAAUGUUCUGAAGAAGAAAAUUAAACAAGAAAAACCUCUGAAAUUUCUAAAGGUGAAAAUGAUGACAUUGAUAAAGGGAGAAGAAAAUGUCGAAUUUAUGACAGACAAGGAAUGUCAACGUAAAAUGCGGGAGCUGACUUCAGGCAUGAGCAGAGUGUUUGACUACAAUCUGGAAUCAAAAGGAAGAAGACAAUCAAAACGUUUAGCAGAAAAACAGGAGCUGUCUGAGUCAUCAUCAAGCACAGCAUCAUCCAAAGCAAAGGGGAGGCAAACCAAGAGAGGAUCAAGCUCCAAAUCUGACAAGAAAAAGACAUGUCAGGGGAAAAGAGAUGAGACAGCCUGUCCUGCUGUAACUGUCUCAGCACCCCCACCGCCUCCUCCCCCACCACCCCCGCCCCCACCAGUCACCCCAGCACCACAGAAAAGUCAAUCUGCUCAAAAGAGGGACAGUCAUGAUGGUACCCCUCUGAAAGAGAUAGAUCUUCAGGUUAAUACUCCACUGAGUUUGAAAAAGAAAGAGCCUCCCAAUGAAAUGGGUUCCACAACCUCUUUAGCUUCCAUUGGUUCUUUAAGCAGCCUUCAUCAAGAAUUACUGUCGUAUAAUCCACAGAAAAGACUUAAAACAACAACCAAUGAAAGAUCCCCUGGAGGUACCCCAAUAAAGCCACGCCCUCCUAUCAAAGAGAGUCCUCCCCAGACCCCGGCUACCCCAGCAGAGUCCAUCUACAGAUACUGGCUCAACAGUCUACAUAACAAGUUCCGUAAUGUCUUGUCCCCCGGGUCUGUGCCUGAGAGUCCAGUCAGUGACCCCAGUAGUCCCAAUGGAUUCUCCCCUCAGUAAAGACUGGGUCAUCCUCAGUAAAGGACUGGGUCAUCAGUUCAGUGGUAUAUGUCUACUGAAAAUGAUUCAUUGAUGAAGAAAAUCCAACGAUAACACCUUCCAUCAUUUUUUGUCACAAUACCAGUAUUAUACAUGUAUGUUAUGCACUCAUGUUAUAUAAUUAUUUUUUGCUUUGAAUGGAGGAUUUUAUUGAUAGCCCUGAAAUGAUUUUUCAAAGACAUGUUGAAACAUUGGUAUACAUAUUUCAUGUGUAUGUAUAAUUUGUUGUUAGUGUAAGCUGUGUCUAUCGUUUUUAGCUCACCUGAGCUGAAAGCUCAAGUGAGCUUUUCUGAUCACCCGUUGUCCGUCGUCCGUCCGUCUGUCUGUCCAUCCGUCCGUCCGUCUGUAAACUUUUCACAUUUUCAACUUCUUCUCAAGAACCACUGGGCCAAUUUUAACCAAACUUGGUACAAAGCAUCCUUGGGUGAAGGGGAGUUUAAAUUGUUAAAAUAAAGGGCCAAGCCCCCUUCCAAGGGGAGAUAAUCAAGAAAAGACAAAAAUAGGGUUGGGUCAUUAAAAAAUCUUCUUCUCAAGAACCACUGGGCCAGAAAAGCUGAAACUUAUGUGAAAGCAUCCUGGGGUAGUGUAGAUUCUAAAUUGUUCAAAUCAUGACCCCCGGGGGUAGGGCGGGGCCACAAUAGGGAAUCCAAGUUUUACAUUGAAAUAUGUAGAAAAAAUCUUUAAAAAUUUUCUUCUCAAGAACCACUGGGCCAGAAAAGCUGAAACUUAUGUGGAAGCAUCCUGGGGUAGUGUAGAUUCUAAAUUGUUAAAAUCAUGACCCCCGGGGGUAGGGCGGGGCCACAAUAGGGAAUCCAAGUUUUACAUUGAAAAAUGUAGAAAAAAAUCUUUAAAAAUCUUCUUCUCAAGAACCACUGGGCCAGAAAAGCUGAAACUUAUGUGGAAGCAUCCUGGGGUAGUGUAGAUUCUAAAUUGUUCAAAUCAUGACCCCCGGGGGUAGGGCGGGGCCACAAUAGGGAAUCCAAGUUUUACAUUGAAAUAUGUAGAAAAAAUCUUUAAAAAUUUUCUUCUCAAGAACCACUGGGCCAGAAAAGCUGAAACUUAUGUGGAAGCAUCCUGGGGUAGUGUAGAUUCUAAAUUUUUAAAAUCAUGACCCCCGGGGGUAGGGCGGGGCCACAAUAGGGAAUCCAAGUUUUACAUUGAAAUAUGUAGAAAAAAUCUUUAAAAAUCUUCUUCUCAAGAACCACUGGGCCAGAAAAGCUGGAACUUAUGUGGAAGCAUCCUGGGGUAGUGUAGAUUCUAAAUUGUAAAAAUCAUGACCCCCGGGGGUAGGGCGGGGCCACAAUAGGGAAUCCAAGUUUUACAUUGAAAAAUGUAGGAAAAAAUCUUUAAAAAUCUUCUUCUCAAGAACCACUGGGCCAGAAAAGCUGAAACUUAUGUGGAAGCAUCCUGGGGUAGUGUAGAUUCUAAAUUGUUAAAAUCAUGACCCCCGGGGGUAGGGCGGGGCCACAACAGGGAAUCCAAGUUUUACAUUGAAAUAUGUAGAAAAAAUCUUUAAAAAUUUUCUUCUCAAGAACCACUGGGCCAGAAAAGCUGAAACUUAUGUGGAAGCAUCCUGGGGUAGUGUAGAUUGUAAAUUGUAAAAACCAUGACCCCCAGGGGUAGGGCGGGGCCACAAUAGGGAAUCCAAGUUUUACAUUGAAAUAUGUAGAAAAAAUCUUUAAAAAUCUUCUUCUCAAGAACCACUGGGCCAGAAAAGCUGAAACUUAUGUGGAAGCAUCCUGGGGUAGUGUAGAUUGUAAAUUGUUUAAACCAUGACCCCCAGGGGUAGGGCGGGGCCACAAUAGGGAAUCCAAGUUUUACAUUGAAAUAUGUAGAAAAUAUCUUUAAAAAUCUUCUUCUCAAGAACCACUGGGCCAGAAAAGCUGAAACUUAUGUGGAAGCAUCCUGGGGUAGUGUAGAUUCUAAAUUGUAAAAACCAUGACCCCCAGGGGUAGGGCGGGGCCACAAUAGGUAUUACAAGGGGGAAAUCGGGUGAAAAACAGCAAGGCCAAAGUUACUCAGGUGAGCGUUGUGGCCCAUGGGCCUCUUGUUUUUAGAGCUGUUUGAACUAAGGUUUAUGUAUAUGUAUAAUUUGUUGUUAGUGUAAGCUGUGUCUAUCGUUUUUUAGAGCUGUGUGAACUAAGGUUCAUGUGUAUGUAUAAUUUGUUGUUAGUGUAAGCUGUGUCUAUCGUUUUUUAGAGCUGUGUGAACUAAGGUUUAUGUGCCAUAAAUAUAUAACCAUAUCUGGUGUUUUCUGUGGUAUGGUAAUGUCUGCGAUGAAUUUAAAGUUUGUUUUAUUUUUUGUUAAAGUACAAUGUACUACUAACAAUUGUCUGGCUAGUUAAUUUUGCCUUCAGGAUUGUUUGAAAUAGAUUUGAUGGUCAUUUUCUUGUGACCCACGGCUAGUAAACUUUAUGUCAGAUUGUACUGUUUAAGUUGAUUGUAGAAAACAGUUCCUUAACUGUCAGUGUAUGUGUUUUAGACAAAGAAAACAAACUUAGACAUAAGUAUAAAUAUACUGUUACAUUAUGCCCAAUAUAUUUCACUUUAAAGCACAUUAGCACUUCAUGAGGCCUCUGCAAUAAAUCACUGCUGCCCUAUAUGUCUGUCCAUCUGUCAUUCUAACAUCCACAAAUUUUCAGGAUUUUUUCCAUACGACUUUUUCGUGGUUCUCCUAUUAAGGAGGGAUUCUCGUCUGGUUUCUUGCUAAAUGAAAUAUUCAAUGUAUAUUUGCUUAUAAGUCUUAUAUAGUUAGAUGUAAAGGAUUUAAAAGAUCAUAUUUUUCUUUCGUCCUCAUAAUUGUAAAACUUUGAAAAGAAAUGGUAAACUGAGUUUGAAUUCUAGCAGGGACUAUAUUUUUUAUAUUUAUU